AUGGCACAGCUCACGAGACCCAACCCAGAUCCAUUCUAUGAGGGCAAUCCUUCUGAUAGCUACGAUGACCCUCAAGAGGAAGAGUACCACGACUACCUUAGAGAUGCAAGCGCAUGGCUAGAAGAUUACCGCGGGCGUGCAGAAUUCCUGGCUUAUUCACCGAAGCUAACAGGCAAAUUUAAAUUCGCCACCGGAACAGAGUGCGAUACGUUCAGCGCAGCUGACCGCAGCCUCUCCAACAUUCUCGCCCGCCUUCCAGCCGAGGUCGACGAACGGAUUAUGAUCCAAGAAGGCCCAUGUUGCCGUGCGUUCUUCCAGAAAAUACGGGAUCGUUUACCGAAGGAGCUUCGUGAAAUGGUCUUUGAGAAUAUUUUCCAGGGCACGCACGUCUUGUUAGAAGCGAACAAACCCGAAGCCGAGAACUCCGACGACAUUCCGGACUGUGUAAAGCAAGACAUGGGAAGACAUUAUCCUUACAGCUACCUACUCAAGCCAGGAUAUAUACACGACCAUGAAGUAAGGACUGAGCUCAUCGAAGCAUGGUUCCGGACAUCAUACUUCAUUGUCACGGAUGCCGCACUCAUUCGCCCCUCUCUGGAGAGAUAUCCAUGGAGCGCUGGCAUUGAUCCAGUCGAACUUAUCAGACGAGUGCAAUUAAAGACAAAACCCCUGGAAGCCCCCUUGAUGCGCGAGGCUGUAAGCAAAGAGUUGGAGCUCCUUGAAUGUCUCAAGCCAGGCACAACCAUCAUCAUCAUCGUGAAAAGAUUCCCUGAAAGGAGUCAUGAUCCGAAUGAAGAUUUAUAUCGCGCUGAAUCUUUAUACCCGGUAGCAUUGCGUAUGAGGGGUAUGGGGUAUAAGAUGAUAGUUCGACCGUACAUGAAUGAUCAGAGAGUGGUGGAGCGGGGGAACCGCUGGGUGGAGGCAUGGUUGAGGGCGAAUGAGUGA